AUGCUCCUUGGAACGUUCGCUCGCUGGCGUAUUGAUCUCUACACAGUGUUCAGCUCUUACUUGAUCUAUUAUGUUGGGAUAUGGUUUUGGAAAGGUUUGAUAUUGAGAGAACGGGACGUGGAGGACUAUGCUUGUUAUGGGAUAUUUUGGUUGGCAUUUGCCGCGGGUGCGAUCUGCCGCAUUCGAUACAACUUCUAUUUGCAAAAGAUCGAGUGCAACACGUAA